AUGCCGGAACCACUACCUCCUUUGGCACCGGUUCCACCCCCGGAGGUGCAGAGCACCGUACCACCCAACGAAUGGGAGCUCUAUAUAGAUGCGUGGAUCUUGUUGCUGCAAGUACGCAUAGAAGCCCCUGAUUCCCAAUUCAGGGAGAUUGCCGCCAAUGAUGAAUCUGCCGUGACAUUCUUGACCUCCUUCUAUCAUCAAUCCGCCACAUCUGGGUUAUCUGGCUUCCAUGCCGGGCUUAAAGCGCGAUCAUUACGGAAGCUCUGCUUCUUGUUGACUAGGAGGUUCCUCCUUGAUGCCUCUGCAACACCGUCUGAGCUGCUUGAAGUGGAUGUUCUUGCGAACGUGUGUUGCACCUAUCCUUCGAGCGCUGCCUUGAAGCGACUAUUGUCCGAUGCCUGGAACAAGCAUCAAGAUACCAUAACAUCCAGCCUCGAGAAGACAAAGACCAAGAUUAUCAAAGAGCUUUCGUUGCUGAAUCCUACCAAGUCUAUGACCGUCCUCUCAGACAUCCGCCUCUUGACUAUUCUGGCGUCUGCACUGCCCGGUUGCGGCCAGGUCCUCAUGACGGGGUCUGACUUUCUGGACACAUUCGCCGAUGCAUACCAAACACACAAACGAGCGGACAUCCGUAGUGUCCUUGUAGCGAACGUCUACGUCGGUCUAGCAUCGCUCCUCAAAGGCCCCAAGCUGAACCUCUCCGCGCUGCUGGACCAGCUCUACAGUCUAAAGUCCGGCGUUGGCAUCGGAUCCUCAACAACGAAAAAGGAGCCCACCCUCCUGUCCGACGUCAUCUGCAGUACAGACCUUCUAGUCCGUCUCGACCGCCACCUCAGCACCCAUCCCCAGAAACGAGGCCAAGACCUCCUCACCAGUCUACGAACCUACCAAGAAGAGACAAAGAUCUUUCACCGUCGCCAUCAAAAACAAAAGAAGCGACUCCUCGACAAAGGCAAGGGCCGUGCCGCCACGGACCUCCCCGCCCCCGAAGACAUGCACAUCCAUCGCAUGUCCCUCAUCACCCAAGUCCAAGACCUCUUCCCCGACAUAGGCUCCGGCUACAUCACCCGCCUGCUAGACCACUACAAUGACGACCCCGAAACAAUAGUCUCCCAUCUCCUCGACGACUCCAUCCCCUCUGAACUCCGCACCUUAGACAAAUCCGAACAACUCCCUACAUCAACAUCAACAUCAACCCUCCCACACGACCCUCUCCCGCCCCGCUCAACGCCACCGCCCACAGAACCAGCCCUUCCAACCCGCAAAAACAUCUUCGACAACGACGUCGACCUCGCCGAACUAUCCGACCAAUCCACUCUCCACCACGGCCGCCGCACCAACACCACCCAAGCCGACGACCUCCUCGCCGACCGCACCCACCACGCCGCCAAGAAAGCCGCCAUCCUCUCCGCCCUGGCAACCUUCGACUCUGAUGACGACGAACGCGACGACACCUAUGACAUCGCCGACGUCGGCGGCACCAUUGAUGACACCACCACCGACGAUGCCAAGGCUGCAGCAGAACAACAACAAGAGGCAGAACUCUCCCUCUACCGAGCAUACAAGUCUAAUCCGGCCCUGUUCGCGCGCGACUCUGCUACGCGACGCUCACAGCCUCGCGACUCACUUAAGCGCGAAACCGGCAUGACGGAUGAAGCGAUCGAGGGGUGGGCGGUCAUGUUGUCUCGGGAUCCGAAACGGAUGGCUAGAUUGGAGGAUAAGAUGGCUUUCGGUGCUGAUGGUGGUGGGUUGAAUCAGCCUGAGUUACCGGCUACGUCGUAUCGGAGACCUGGUGCUGGAGCUGAAGAUGACGAUGAGAGUGAGACAGGUGGGAGCAGCAGCUCAAGAGGAAGAGGAGGACGCGGACGCGGUGGGAGAGGUCGGGGACGUGGUGCAGGACAGCAGGGUAGUACUCCUGGGAAUAGUAACCCUGCUGUUGCGCGGCAGAGAAAAGAGGAGAAUAAAGCUAGUCGGGCGAAUCAUAAUCGUCGACAGCAGCGAGCGAGGAAGGUUGCGAGGGCUGGGGGCAUGAUGGGGUAG